GAGCUCGUACCCUUUGGCCAACCACCUGCUGAUGAGCGAGCACGUCUGACUGUGGUGUCGAAGCUUGUUGCUGCCGCCCAGUACUGCAGCUCAGGGGACAACACCUUGGAGGCCAUCGAAAGAGCAGUGGAGAAGGUGUCCACUGCUGGGCCCGCAGAUGAUCGUUUCGUUUUUGCCUUCUCCGAUGCCAACUUCGAGCGCUACGGGCUCACAGCACAGGCGCUGGGAAAGGCCAUGAAUGCCCAAGGCCCAGGCAGCCCGGACGAGGUACGCUGCAUGCUUUUCCUCCUUGCGACCUUUGAAGAUGAGGCCCUGAUCAUGGCAAACUCCUUGCCGGACCAGGUUCGUCUCUGCCUGGACCCCAGGACAUUGCCCUCCGAGCUUCGACAGGAGUUUGCAAGCCGGAUGGGACGACGCUCAGCCCUCUAG